UAUAGCUCGGAAUACGAUUUCAAGUUUGUUUCGCUUUGUCGACCAAUCACGAGCGACAAAAGGUUUUCAGAAAGAUAACUCUUGAGAAAAGAGCCAAAGGUGAAAGUAGGCAUCGUUAAAGUCUGUGGUAGGAAUAGCUAUGGCCUUCCGCUGUCUGAAACAAGUCAUUUUUUCAGGAAAAUUUCCUUCGCGCCAUUUUCUUGGCGGUCCCAUAGCAGUCCGACAGAAUAGCUGCCAGACAUCCGAAGACGAAUUUUGCGUGAACUAUCUUGAUGGAGACAGAGAAGGAAUUGUUGUCUUUUCCAUGCGGAGAUUUAGAUACAAGAAUGCCAUGGGAAGAAAAAUUAUGCAACAGUUCAUGGAAGGGAUGAAUCAAGUAAAGUUUGACAAUGCUGUUCGUUGUGUCAUCAUACGUAGUGAGGUCCCUGGAGUGUUUUGUGCAGGAGCUGACUUGAAAGAACGUGCACAGAUGACAAAUGCGGAAGUGUCAGCCUUUGUUCAGAAACUUCGUUUCUCUCUUUCGGAGUUGGCUGGGCUUCCUGUUCCAACUAUAGCAGCAAUAGAUGGUGCAGCCUUGGGUGGUGGACUAGAGUUGGCGUUAGCUUGUGACAUGCGAAUAGCUGCCUGUUCUGCAAAGAUAGGAUUGGUAGAGACAUCACUUGCAAUUAUUCCUGGUGCUGGUGGGACACAACGUUUACCUCGUAUUGUUGGUGUAGCUCGUGCAAAGGAACUGAUUUUUACAAGUCGAGUUUUGGAUGGCGUGCAGGCUGAAAAGAUGGGUGUUGUUAACCAUGUUGUGGAACAAAAUAAAGAGGGCACAGCAGCAUAUGAACGGGCAUUGACUCUAGCAGAGGAAAUCAUUCCUCAGGGUCCAGUAGCACUCCGAAUGGCAAAACUGGCGAUAAACCAAGGAAGUGAGGUUGACAUCAGUUCAGGAUUGAAGUAUGAAGAAGCAUAUUAUGCACAGGUCAUCCCUACUAAAGAUCGAAUUGAGGGCCUUAUGGCUUUCAAAGAAAAGAGAAGACCAAAGUAUAAAGGGCAUUAAGGUGUGAGAACUCAGACCAUGUUGAUGUCAGUCUAAAGUGUGUUCAGCAAAGAGUUAAACAUUCUUACUGGUACUUGGGAAAAUAACUUUCAUUGAUCGUUGUAAUUGUGGCAUUGUUUAUUUUUGGUAACCAAAGGUGUUUUUUAAAUUUAAUGUAUGCAUUUACCACAUUCAGCAUUGUUGGUUCUAAAUAGAACUAUUUUUUGUUGUUGGAUGGGUUAAGGUACAACAGAUAAAAUACUUAACCCAGGCAUGACACAUCUGUUCAAAAGAAUUCUUUUAUAUCUUUUAUAAUAAUGUAAUAAACAAGAUAUCAUGAGAGAGACAUGAAUCUUUAUAAAGGCAAUUUUCCUCAAAUCUCCCUUUUGGCCACAAAACUGCGUACGAUAGUUAAUGUUAUUGCCAGUUUUCAGUUUCUGGUAAAGAUUGCUCAGUACAGAGUCUCUGUUGACACAAACUGCUCAGAAAAUACCGAAUAGCAAAAGCACAAGCACAGUGGAAGCGCCUAUGUCAUUGCUGAAUGUGCAGGAAUUCUGAGGGGAUGACUAUUCAUAUUUUCCCAAAUAACUGACUUAAGAAGACUGGGUCUGGUUUAUUUGUAUGUGCAGAGCCAACUUCACUAUGCCUAUACAAUACUUUGGUGUGUGCAAACAAGAGUAGUUUAUUUCUAUUUGAUACCUUCCAAUACAUAUUUUGCAAAAGCAAAAGAGUUUAUGUACAGAUAGUACAGGUUAUAGUGUCUUUCCUGGGCUUGUGCCUAUUGUAAAGAAAAAUGCAUUGCCAUGUCUGGCAAUACACAGUUUCACUCAAAAACUUCCAAUGUCUGUAGUACAGUGCUCUCAGACUGUCAAAACACAAGUAUAAAUUUAUUCAUCACUGCCAUACUGCACUGAUAUUUUGGCUUGCAAAUACAGAAAACCAAAAAUGUAAAGCAACGUUAUAACUCUCGAAGUUUCAUGUGUUGUAAAACAUUUUUGACCUUGCAUUCUAUUGUCACUUCUCAAAUUUCCUGUCAAUAAAUUUUAAUAAAAUAUAAUACAAUAAAAAAUAAAAUACAAUUUAUAUGUCAAUUUCAGAUAGCAUCAGAUGUUUUCCUAAGUAAUAAUUCUUACAGGAAGUAUCCUUCGUAAACAGAAAAAUUUAUUGGUAUAUCGUACUUAUAAGAUUUUGUUUUACAUGUGAAAUACAUGUACCUUGUAUAUAAAUGCAGCACAAUUCUUAAGACAGGUGGGGAACCUCUAUUUGUUCAUUCUUCUAAUAAAAGAUAAAAUCACACUUUACCUCUAGGCAGAAAGAUUUACCCCCUGAUAAUGCAUAAUAACUACUGUAUAGUCAGUAUUUUAGUGCAUUUAAUCAUUACUAUUUGAUGAACUUGAACUAGGCAGUACAUUAAAAAUGUAAUCUGAAACAAAUGAAUGAUUCUGAAAUAAAUUUCAUGUAAAUCUUUA